GCUUCCCUACCGUUUUUAGCAGCCCCAGCGCAAACCUCGCGGACAGCACAAACUGGCCAAUGGAAGUGGCCAGGACCGUUUGCUGGAAGGAAUGGACAGCGAUAUGGGCAGGACCGGAAAACCGUGUAGUCAGUGUGCGGAUGGCGUCCUCGCGAAUGGCGCUCUAUCGGAAGAAAGGUAUGAUAAGGGGAUGAAAAUGACUUUGACAGCAAACCUAAAACAAGCGGCGACAAAUUGGAUCUACAAGUUGAAGGAGGGGCAGCGUCGGCUGAGGGAGAUGGUAACCCUUGUGUCCUCAACAGCCUGUGAUUGGUCUGGAGUUGAAAGGGGGGAGACUUCAAGGACCGUAUGGCUGGAGGAUAAGCGGCAGAGGAUGAUGAAUGUCCUUUGGGAACUUGAAGAGGGGCCUGAUCCACAGCUGGAAGAUCUCCUUGAUUGGCAGCUCGCGGACUCCUUGAUGAGCGAUUGCUAUGCGAUUUACGAGGAAGGGAGCGAUCUGUGUGAUAAGGGGGCAAUAUGCACGUCGGGGUGUUGUUUGCGAGCGCUGCCACAAGUGGUCUGCAGCAAUUUUCAGAAGCAUCUUGCCAUCCUCUACACCAACGGUAAAUUCGACAGCAAAGACAACUCCAACAGCAUCAACAACUGGUACGACAAGGACAUCCUAUUUUACACCAACAAUCCACACAACAACUCCAACAACAGUGAUAAGCUCUGCAGCUAUAUCAACAGCGACGAUGAUAUCUUCAACACAAUCAACACCAACGAUCUUCUUCACGACAACAACAGCGCUUCUGACGAUGACAUCUGAACAACUUCCAGCAAUAAGCUCAUCAACUAUAUCUACAUCAACCAACCGCGAUGAUAUCAUCAACAUCAACAAUUUUUCCAAUGACGACAACAGCGAUUUUGACGAUGACAUCUGAAAUACAAUUUCCAGCCAUGACUGUCUUGCUCACCACGAUCGAUACAAUCGGCGUCUAACUAAGAUCUGUCGAUGGGUCAUCUACUAAGGGGAAGCUCAUCGUAAUUACUGAUGAACUACUUAACUUUCUGGCCCUGUUAUCAAUCUCUUUGCCUCAUUUGUAUCCCCCAUGAAGUAGGGAUAAUUGAGGAGUCUCAUAGGGGAAAGCUUGAUUCUGCACACAACGGGGUUAAUCCUUCCUCACUGGGAAGCAAUCAAUGCCCCGUGACUCU